AUGACUACAGCCGCGGAGAGCAUGGCAGCCAUGGCCGAAACUGCUCGCGAGACUGAGCGCACGGAGCGAGAGCUGCUGGAACGAGAGCCGUCGUUUUUGACUGCUUUAUCGCCAGUGUCUUUCGUAUCGUGUCCUGUCGAACGGCUUUCGUCGAGCAUUGCGGUUAAAGGACGAGUGUUCCGGCGUCUGCAGCGGUUCCACUUGCUGCCGUCGGAGCUCAAGACGCAAAUUGACAUGGUCGCGACCUAUUUGCUGGCUCCAAAAGUACGCCACGACGUGUUUGUUCAGCGGACGCACCGAUGGCAACAUCCCGUUCAUUUGGCAAGAGCUGGACAGGGGACAUUUGUCCAAGGUCGCAAGCUGCUUGAGGCCAUUCUCGAGUACCUGUUGCUGUCCUUUGCGACGAACAACUCGCUCCGUGACGCACAGCAGCUCGCGGAAGGUCUCGUGCUCAGCGGUUUCUUGUCGCCAGCCAACGAAACGUCCAGAGCGGACGAUGAAGCACUGGGAGAGCUGUACGUCUCGGACGACUGCUAUUACGAGCUUGUAGCUCCUGGAGCUACUGUAAUUGCUACAACGCCGAAUAUCGCGGCUUCUGCGACGGUUUAUAGCAGUUCAACGAGUUCAUUGCCAGGUGCCGUCGUCCUGCCGAUCCAUCAACGUCAGUCGUCACCAGAAGGCUGGGAAAAGCAGGCGCGACCGACCAAAAGUGACCAUCUUUCGGUCUGGGGCGUGACGGAUGGAGCUACUCGCGCAGGGUUCGUACAGCGUGAAUGGAAGGGCUUUCAUGUGCGAAGUCUGCUUGGCCUUGCAACAAAGAUGAAACGCUGCUAUGCUGUUGUGAACAAGACGAAACAUCACUCGCUAGUGCUGUUUCAGACGGACGUGGCAAGACGCGAGCUUGUCACUGUCGAUCUCUCUGCGGCGACUGUGAGGUAUCGAGGUGCCGAUGAGUUGAAGAUCUGCUGGGAUUGCAGCGAUGACGAUGAUGGGGUAGAGAUUCUGGCCUUGGGGAACAAAGCGGAACGAGAAGCAUGGUUGCUCGCGCUGUUGGAUGCUGGUGCUGCAUUCUUGGAGACAAACGCUGCAAUCCUAUCGUUUGCGGCCUCGUCAGCUUCCCUGUACGCGCUACGAGACUUGGACGCAAAAGGCAGCACCUACAGCCUGUCAGAGCUUCGUGGUCACGUGGCCUUGCUGACAAAUGUACCCAACGGGUCUUGUAGCUCGGAUGCCAAACAGCUUUCGGAACUCGUACACGUAUCGACUGAAUACGAAGACGCAGGGCUCAAGGUUGUGGCAUUUCCGAGCGCGCAGUUUGGGGAUGCUGAAUUUGACACGGAUGAAGAGCUCGUUGAGCAUUUUCGCGACUUGUUUGGUGUCGAGUUCCUCGUGUUGGCCACGCGCGACGUGAACGGUCCGAACGCACGUGAUGCGAUGGUUUUCUGCAAGACGCGACGACCAGGCGCUAGCAAGUCUGCUGCAAAUGCCUUCAUUGAAAACAACUUUGUCAAAUUCCUCGUUGGUCGCGACGGUCAAGUGGUCAAGCGGUACACUCCAAGAGACUCACCUCUUAGCAUGGUGACAGAUAUCCAGAUGCUAUUGAAAGAGCCUCCACCAUUGAUGGCGACCUAA